CCUAGGGAUGUACUAUUUGGCAUUGGAUGUGGGAUGGGGCGGAGGGGUGGGAGGCCACUAUGGAAAACAUCUGUCAUGCUCAUGCUUCAUACCGAUAAAUACCCAAAAACUAGUUACCGACUCGAGCAGCAUGAAUCUCCCUGUCCUGGUCGAUACUGGUAGUGCCCGUCUUCGCUCGGGCAUUGCCUUGGAGUGGAGGGUUAGCUAUUACCCGGUCCUUAUAUACGUACAAAUCUUGCUGCAGGUAUCGAGCAUCACUUCUAAACCGUCAUUUCUUCCCUUUGGUGUUUAGUCAAUUAAUCGUUUCAAACACCAGGGGACUGCUGCGUCAGAUUAAGUUAUCUUAACCAUCUACUCUGAAGCAACUGAGUAACUUUUCCUGCCCUCCAGCCCUGUCCACAAAUUAGGUUCCUACAAUUAGUUACACAGUAGCAGUCAGCGUUGUCAUAAACAACAUCUUCCUCUCUUCAACACCAUAGCGGGCAUCUGAUGUAUAAAAGCUGCAGGCAUGGGACUAUAUCCAAGGCCUAGGCUUCAGGUUCUAUUCAUAUUCAUAUACCGACUCACCGAGCCAGGGUGAAGAACCGCCUUUAGACCGUUGACGCAGAGUAGCUCUUUGGACCCACCGACACGGAACUGAGUUUCUCGAAGUAUUUUGCAUCGGUACUCGAAACACCACUUCCCCGGCAUAGUUGAAAGUGGUGAGGCCAUUGGCGGCCAUAGCUAAUCCAGGACUUGGCGUUUCUUCUAUGAUCAGUAUCCGGUCAAACUGAUGCCAUCUCUUAAGUCUCCCCAUUCAAGAUGAUGGAUUUCAUCCUCAUUGUAGUUGUGGUUUAGUGCUUGACGAAGACUUCUGUUGUUGUUAUCUUUAUAAAAUGAACUGGGAAAUUCUUCGUAAGGCGGUCUCAAAUCGAGUGGACUCUUUCAAAUGGAGAGGUGAUAUAAAGCAUUCUUGUGGUGACUGGCAUCCUUUAUGCCGAAAAAAAUGUUGGCAGCAUAUAUUGCCUCUGCUAUAUUAAGCUCUUAUAGGCAGGAUAGCGCACGAAAGUACGGAUACAGCACCUUCAUCGGUAGUACGUAUUUAUGUCGAUCAAGGAACAUUGACAGUGAUAAGUUCUCCAAGGCGACAAGUCACUAGUACCAAUUAGCCGGCACCAAUACAGAAGUAAUGAAGCUAGAUUUUCCAGGUAGUCAUGAAUGAAGUUGAUAGUAAUAACGACUGAAUGGAGAUCAGCAACAAAAACUUCCCUUAAAGGGAGAAGACAUGCAGAGCGGCCAAAAGGAACUGGGUGCGUAGAAUCACGGAAUAUUAUACUUCCAACGUGCCUUGAAUUCCGUGACUUCCCUACGUCCAGCAUGUACUCACGCGUAGACGUGAUGCUUGGCUCCGUAAUAAAGGGGAAAUAUCCAGCUAACUGCUGGGGGUUAGUCUAUAUAGACUACCUGCGAAACCUGUUAGCCAUAGUCUCACUUGAGGGCGCUAAGUUAGUUACCCUUGCAAUAACGAACACUCAGGUAGGCAUAUCGUACCCAAGCUCUGCAGCUUCACAGGCCCUAACACACACAGAAAGCGAGCAUGCAGUGAGUAUCUGCCAAUGUUCGUCUUCUUCUCGCAACUAUCGUCUUCAUCGCCGUCGUCAUCCCAAUUCUUGACGUCGUUUUCUUCGACGUUUAAGAAGGUCAAAACAAAGUUGAAAGGGGCUGCCGGAUCCGGACUAGCGGCGGGAGUUCCCAUCUUAGCAACGCGA